AUGGGCAAUAAAUGCGAGGCUUACCAAUACAGCCUGACAAGUUUAGCUCCCACGCGUGCGUCUUUGAGAUGCUUGUUAGCAGCCUCGUGUUACCGGAAACCUGAGAUUCCCUUCACAGAACUGACCAAACUGUCGAAGGACAUGAGUCAACUAUUCCUCAACACAUUCCUUCAGAUUCUUGGCAACAACGAUAACCUUCCUGUUCUUGACACAAUGCUUGACCAGAUAUGUGAAGGUUUCCAGCCUGACCUCCAAGUCCUGGGUCUGAUGGAAGAUGAGAAUAGAGCCUGUGUGGAGAAACUGUUGGAUCUGUUGGGAAUUCGGAAUGUUGAUCCACCGGGACAGCCCCUCACCUUGACACCCCAUCAGAAUGAAGUCAUAAAGACUGUAAACAUUUUCAUCCAGUCACUCAAUGAACUGAAUCCUGACACUUUACCCCUACUGGCUACUAGUGUUGAGAUGAAGAUUAUAUCCAGACAACUAAAGCUGGUGGAAAAGAUUGAGGAAAGAAAUUUCAAAUGUUCCACACCUGAAAUGCAAAUCGAUCCAGCUGAGGAGACUCUCGAGAGCCUGGCCCUUCAGUUCACAGAGAGCGAGUUUGAAAUAACUCAGGGGAUCCUGGAAGAAUUUGGGUUUCACCUGAAGAGAGAAAACGCUUCAAUCUCAUGUGAAAUGAAGGACAGAAAUGAAGAUAUGUUUUGUUCCAUCUUUGCUGCUCUGAGUGUUCUCAAAGCUUUAGAUGAUCAAAUAAAGAUACGCUGGUUUGAAGCUCUCCGUUAA